AUGACAAAGGCUUCUGCAACAGUCACUGGCAGCGACGACGAUCGUGGCCGGCGUCCAUCUCUGCAGCUCGGAUCGUUUUCUUCGUUGGCCGUGGAACCACCUUGCUUUUCGCAGGAGAUUUUCGAAUGCUGUCGGGACGGUGAUUUGGAACGGGUCAGAAAGCUGGUGGACCGAAGCACUGUAAACAUGCGCGAUUUUACGGGUAGAAGGUGUACACCACUGCAUAUCGCAGCAGACGUAAACGUCUGUGACGAAAGCGGCUUGAUUCCAUUGCACAAUGGCUGUUCGUUUGGCCACGUGGCGGUCUGCACACUGCUGCUGAAACAUCGGUCAAAUAUUAACGCACAAGAUCUGUGGGGAUAUACACCUUUGCACGAGGCGGCGAUGAAGGGCAAGGUUGACGUGUGUAUAUUGUUGUUGCAGAACGGAGCUGACUCGGCUUUGACAAACGUGGAUGGUAAAAUUGCGCUGGAUAUCGCCGACCCGAGUACUAAAGCGGUUCUGACCGGCGAAUACAGAAAGGAAGACAUGUUGGAGGCCGCUCGCAGCGGUAACGAAGAGCUGCUGUUGUCACUGGUAACACCGUUCAACGUCAACGUACAUGCGAGCGACGGACGCAUGGUAUUUUUUAACGACAGCCUGCUUUUUCGUUUCACUUUAUCGCGGGUGACACUGCAGUAUGCUUAG